UCCAUCUUUAAGAUAGAUGCUUUAUACCUUAGGACUGCAUAUUGUAGACAUGCGGUCCAGCCCGCAUCAAACAAUUUAACGUACUUAAAUCUGCACACAGCAGCAAGAAGGGGAUAGUAGUUAAUUCUUGUGAAGUGUUUCUAUAUUUUCUCUCAAAUCUUGUGUUUAUUCAAAUUUUGUCACUUCCGUAUUUUUGUUAAACAAUUAGAUAUCAUUUAUGUGGUUAUUUGAGCUUUUAAACCACUGGCUAGUCCAGUCCGGACCAGAUUGAACACUUCCAAUUUGAAGACAAGUCUGUUUCUUGUAACAGUCAUUCUCAUGGAUGUGAAUAGGGGAUGCGUGCUGUAUUUUCGAAAACAUGAAAAUCCCUGCUAUCAGUGCUUGGGUGCCAUUUUUUUUCAUAAUUGUCUGGUGGAAAUUCAAAUUCAUGGUUGCUUCUUAUGGUUGAUGAGGCUAUUCCCAUGAACUACCGGCCACUUUCAGGGGAUCUUUGCUAGUUAUACUACAUAUUUCUAGUUGUGCUUGACAGUGUUCUAUGUUGAAUGCAGACAUUACGUGUGUGUGUGUCUUUGAGAGAUAGGUUGCCAAAAGGAAAAGAUAAUUCAUAUUCUUUCAUCACAUGUUGUGGAGAUAAUUUUUGCCUCCUGUUCUUGCCAAGUUUUGCUUAUUUAUGCUUUUGCUUAUCUUGUUUUGGAAAAGGUUUUGGUUGUUAGCGUUGCUCUAUCUUUUAACAAGUUAGCAAUCUAUUUUAUCUGAUAUUAUGACAUUUACAUGGAAAGUUUUAUUACUUCCCUGGGAUUUUAAAAUUUGGAAUAUCGGCCAGUGGAUUCUUUUGGGUUUUCUUACUUCAAUAUACUUUGGUUAAGUGUCUAACUCAGAUUUUCUAAUUAUCAAAUAUGCUGACUUGUAUAGAAUUUGGAUGGUUCAUGAGGAGCUUCUUAUCUGUUUCUGCUGGACUAUGUGUUACUGUAGAAAAAAAUUCUGAUUGGUUUUUAUGUAAUGAUAGGGAGUUGUUGAAGUGAGACCUGUCGAAGUAGAAUAAAAUAAAAUAAAAAAUCUGAUUGGUUUCUAUGUAAUGAUAGGAUGCUAUUGGACUGAGACCUGUCAAAGUAAAUGGAUUGGAGGAUGUGGAUCAGGUCGUAUUGUUGUAGAUCAGUCUGAUGACUGUCAUGGGCUUUGUUCGGAGUCAAAAUAUCCCCCAUGUAUUCCAUUUUACACUCGCUUCCAUUGCUGCAAACCAGGUCAGAAUCUCCAAAGCUAACUGACAGAUGCACCAAGUGCAAGAACAAGAUAGAUUUUGGUGAUGAGUACAUAUGUUGCACUGAUUGCUCCUAUCCCCAUGUAAUUGACAAGAGCACAAAGUUGGGCUACUGCAAAACUCGUGCAGAACUUGCAUUGCAGUUAAAACCACAUGAAGUGUUCACAUGGAUCACUGGGCCCUGGAUGAAAUGCUCAUCUCCAUGUGAUGGUGGGCUAAGGUAUCGCGAUGUUGGUUGUUUUGGAAAAAUUGAAGAUAGAUCAAUUGCACAUUACCCAGUGGAUGACAACAAAUGUGUGGAUGCUGAAAUGCCUGCACGACAAGAGCCUUGUAAUCUGGAAAGCUGUAGUGACUAUAGCAUUGGUGACUCAAACUCGGGCACUCCAAAAAGAAUGUCACCUUGGGCCAUCUUAUUACUCAUAAUUCUCUUUUUCGUAGGCAUUGGUGGCCUUGGGUUUGCAGGUUAUACUCUCUAUAAGAGGAGGAAGAAUCAAAGUAAGGGCUUUGUAUAUAUUAUGUUAGAAGGAUAUUCUUGAUGUUCACACUUGUGUAAGUCUAAUUCUGGGAUACAUCUAAGUUGAAGAGCACAAUGCUGCAACUAUGGGGCUCAUAAAUAUUUGAAGUUGAAUUGGGGGGAUUCAAUCAUUUUACGGUAUUUAUUCAAAUUCCACAUUGUGUGUCUAGCAUAUCUGCUUGAACCUGAGUGUGCUUUAUGCACUGUUACUGGUUCUACAUUCAUUGUAUUUCAUGUCUUUCCCACAACUGGGGAUGUUGAUAGAACAGCUAAACAAAUGUGUCAUUGCUUUGUUCGUAUGGGGGAUUGUCAAGUUGCCUA